GGGAAGAAGGGAGAGGGCCAGGUGGGGGCGGGGGCGGGAGACGGCGGCCUGGCCAGGCCUGCAGGGGCGAGGGGGAGGCGGCGGGACACAGGAAACCGUUGUGGGGCCCCGGGGCCACGUGUCCUUCCAUCCAGGAAGCUUGUGGUGCAACCGCAGUGUGCCUGAAAGCGCCCCGGUAGUGGUGCCCUCCCGGAGGCACUGCCUCAGCUCCCGGCGUGCCCGCCGCCCCGCCCCACCUCGCUGCCCUGGUACUCCGCCGUGGCCUUUGCCCAGUUCCUCCGAGUCCGCGCCCCUGUCCCUGUCCCUCAUAGCCACCGGCCACUAACACAGGUCUCCCCAGUGACGUUACCACCCCCAUCCCCCGCGGCCAGGUGCCCCUCCGAGUGUGGCCUCCAGCGGAGCUGCGGUGGAACUUGCAUAGCUGCUGCUUUCCAGCGUGUAGCUCAGACAGGGCACCCCCUUCCUUUCCCCUCAGCCCCCGCAACAGUGAAAUGGAUGUCAUUACCCCGUCGAGGAUUGUGGGGAUUAAAUUAGAAGUCAACUAAAGAAGCAGCUUCUUUUCUUUCUUAGCAGAGCCCUGGGGUUUGGAAGGAGGGCAGUUAGAAAUUCAUUCAUUUAUUCAGCAAAUAUUUGUGUGGUUUGCCACCAGCCUGUCCUAUGGCUAAGCAGCUACGACCAUUAGAUACUUUGCUCAGAGGUCCCACCGUCUGAGGAGCAAAGAGUGGAUGAGAAAGUGAGCAGGGGGCAUUCCCAGACCACCUCCCCCUUCCAACAUUGGCAUGCCAGAAGGCCACGUGAGCCCCUCUCUUAGUCCCUUGGUGGGGACCCCAGGGAGUGAGGUCAGCCCUCCCUUCUUUGGACUGCAGUGACCUCUAAGUUUUGAGUAAUCUCCUCUUAGUCCUGUUCAAAUUCCUCCUGGCACACCCUGCCCCUUCUCCAUUUGCAGUGUCCUCUCUAGACACAGAUCUCCAAUAUCUGGCCAUUCCAUCUAGGAGAGGUCAGAGACCACAGGUUGGGACAGAGGGCUGGGACCAUGCAGUGGCAGGAGCAGAAGGCAGGAUGAGGCUGACAUUGUCUCUUCUCUGGAGAGCACUGGCCUGGUCUGUCCUGGUCUUCCGAGAUCCUGGGACAUCUGUGUGAAUGGGAGGGGUCUGCCCCCUGCAGCCCAGAGGAGACAUUCCAGUUGUUCCCACCCACCCCUACCCCAACAUGAGGUUGAUGAUUGUGCCUGAAGGAGCUUCCUGAUACUGAGGAAGCCUGAAGAACUGAAGCCUAACACUUGUCGGGCCAGGAGUUUUUGCCCUCUUCAUCUUCCAUACCAUCCUCCAUCUGCCUGGGGAUUCUCCCCUUCCUCUGACUUUCUGGCCCUAGGAGUUGUAUAUUAGGAGGGAGGGUGUGUGUGUGUGUGUGUGUGUGUGUGUGUGUGUGUUUGUGUGUAAUUACCCUGGUGACAAGGAGUGAUGUGGUAAUGGUCCUGGGUUGAGAGCAGCUGAGCUGGAAGGGAUGGACCAGCUUUCCAGAUCAAGGUUCCAGCAAAUAUUCUGGAGGUCCCCUCACCUAUAUUCUAGUCAGAUCUGGGACUUCAGUGGUGUCUGUGGGAGAGGCUUUCUGGUGGAGGAACAAGUGUGACAAGAUUCCUGAUUUCGCUAGAAAGGGUGGCUCCCUCCUCAACUAAAACUCAGGAUAAUAAUUCCUUUCUAGGGCACUGGAGAUUAAAUGGGAUGCCUUAGAUGAAACCUAGGAGUUUGAUGUGUUAGUUUUCUCUUAUGCUUUUCUCUCCUGUUGAUAACCCCUUUUGAAAGGGGAGAAAACUGUUUUGCUGCAUUUCUUAGGCCUUAUCCCCCAACUCGAAUUACUUUCUUUUGUCAAUGAUUUCUUAAUUUUGCUAUUUUCUUGGCUCUUGCAAUAAAGCAGAAGAAAAUGAACUGAAAAUGCAGCCCAAAGGAUUUAGGGAAAGGCACAGUUUCCUUAGAAUCUGCAAUAAUCAGUGAUAAGAUUCUGUUUCUCACUGUCCUUUGAAAACCUCUGUGAAACAGCCUAAGAGAUGCAGCCAGAAGGCAGGAGCGUGGAUAGGGAGCUUUCCUAAUUCCCACCCCUACAAAUCCUGCCAAUUUUAAUAGCUUUUGAAUUACUUUAUGCCUUGGUUUCCCCAUCUGUAUCAGGAAGACGCUUGUUUCUCAGAAGGGUGGUAAGGAUUGUGCAACAAGUCUGUGCAGCCUGCAGGUAAGGUGUGGUGCCAGCUCCAAGUGUCCUGGUUCACUCUUCUCACCCAUUAAAGCACUUGAACACCCUUAUUUACUGUAAAUGAGCUUGGCCACGAGUCCUGGCUUUUACUAGUCCCACAGAAGCCGGGUCUAGAACUCUUAGGAGCAAAGCAUCUGUUUACCCUGUCCCAGCACCCUAUUCUCUUCCAGAGGGCUUCUAAUCUCUUCUCCUUUUUUUUUUUUUCCCCCAGGCUGGAGUGAAGUGGCACGACCUUGGCUCACUGCAGCCUCCAUCCCCCGGGUUCAAGCCAUUCUCCUGCCUCAGCCUCCCAAGUAGCUGGGAUUACAGGCACCUGCUACCACGCCUGGCUAAUUUUUUGUAUUUUUAGUAGAGAUGGGGUUUCACCAUUUUAGCCAGGCUGGUCUCGAACUCUCGACCUCAGGUUAUCCACCUGCCUCGGCCUCCCAAAGUGCUAGGAUUAUAGUCAUGAGCCACCGUGCCCGGCACCCGGCCUGGCUGCUUAUUCUAAAAGUAGUGGCCCCAGAGGGUCCUUUUGCCUCCUGCUUUCCCUUUAAGGCAGCUUCCUGGCAAAAGUCUUUCCCUCCUUCUCCAUGCAUUUACUAAUUCAGGGGUUUCUAUGAGAAUCUGAGGUGAUUUUUUGCUAUUCUUUCUCUCUUCUCUAGUCUCCAGACACAGCAGUGGACUAGCAGCUCUGUCUGUAGCUUGGGCAGAACAGCUGACCUGGCCUGACUGGGAGGAAGGGUGAGCAGAAAUAGGGGUUGGGUGGAGAUCACCCGGAUGCUUUCCACUGCCACAGAAUCACCCUCAGGCUGCUGGUACAAUCAGUCUCCUACCUUAGGCUGGGGACAGUCUCCUCAGUCAGUGCUUCCUAUUUGGGAAGAGGGACACUGCUGGAGCCCUGGAACAAAUGGCAGUGACAGAACUCUCUGCCUUAGCCCACAGGAUGUAUUGCAGGGGGUGAAAUGUACCAGUGUAGCCAUUUCCAAAAUAUCAAGAACUCAGCUUGGAGAUGGACUUUACUCUCUCCUGCACCAUCAGAAAAGGAGGCUCUCGGGUAUUGAUUUCCAGAACUCCUUCUUUUGUUGGAGGAGUUAAUGUAUUUGGUUAAUUAUUAGGCGAAGUCUAUUUAUCUUAAUCAGGGGAGGACAAUGGCAUCCUGGCUGCAGAGAGUGUUUGGCCAUGUGCUCUAGGUCGGGAAGUCCUGGAAGUUCUAGGGUUCAGCAGGCGGCCUUGCUGGGGUUUUCGACUUCCAUUGAUCAAGUUGAGAAGUGAAAGGUCAGCAAUCCAAGUGAUGGGGAUAUAGGCUCUCUAUCCUGAGACCAGCCAGUUUCCAGGGCCCAUAGUCUGAUGCUAUCAAGCACUAUCCAGUGUUCUGAGGUUGUAAAUAAACUCUGUGCACAAUCUGCAGCCCAGAUUCAAAACUCUUAGCCCAGAACUAGUCAGGCCUUUCUGACUACUUUCAGGCAGAGGUGUUUGCUCAUGACCUUUUCUCUCACCACACCCUGGGGCCCAUGGGAGGAGCUGAGAUCUGCGCUGCAGUGCCAGGAUGCUGACUCUCUUGGUGCUGGCUUCUGCUGCCUUCCUGGGUUCUGUCACAUCCUUCUUGCUCAAUCACUGGGCGCACAGGAUGGAAACUGCUCUCCCCUGUCUGGAAAACAGCGCAUGGCUUAGCUUCACAGAGUUGUGGCUGGAGACCGAAGCAGCAGCCCCUUUCUCAGACCUUCUGUCACCAGUGUUUCUGUGUUAGGGGAGAGGGGAGUCUGCUCUGCCCUGAAGGUCCAGCGAUGGAAGGACAAGUGGUAGGCCGGGCGUUCAGGCUCCUCCGACGUCGACUGCUCCAGCCCAGAGCAGGACCACCCCAGGACAAUUCGAGGGAAGCUUUAAAGGAACCAGAAAGGGCCCAGGAGCACCCUCUGCCCAACUUUGCUGGGGGGCAGCACUUCUUUGAAUACCUUCUUGUGGUUUCUCUAAAAAAAAAACGUUCAGAGGAUGAUUACGAGCCUAUAAUCACCUACCAAUUUCCUAAGCGGGAGAACCUGCUUCGGGGUCAGCAGGAAGAGGAGGAGCGGCUGCUCAAAGCUAUCCCCUUGUUCUGCUUCCCAGAUGGUAAUGAGUGGGCAUCACUCACUGAGUAUCCCAGGGAGACCUUCUCCUUCGUUCUGACCAAUGUGGAUGGGAGCAGAAAGAUUGGAUACUGCAGGCGCCUAUUGCCUGCCGGACCUGGCCCUCGCCUACCCCAAGUGUACUGCAUCAUCAGCUGCAUUGGCUGCUUCGGCUUGUUCUCCAAGAUCCUGGAUGAAGUGGAGAAGAGACAUCAGAUCUCCAUGGCUGUCAUCUACCCGUUCAUGCAGGGCCUCCGAGAGGCAGCUUUCCCUGCUCCUGGGAAGACUGUCACUCUCAAGAGCUUCAUCCCCGACUCAGGCACUGAGUUCAUUUCACUGACACGGCCCCUGGACUCCCAUCUGGAACAUGUGGAUUUUAGUUCUCUAUUGCACUGUCUCAGUUUUGAGCAGAUACUUCAGAUCUUCGCCUCUGCUGUGCUGGAGAGAAAAAUCAUCUUCCUGGCUGAAGGUCUCAGCACCUUGUCUCAGUGCAUCCAUGCUGCCGCUGCACUGCUCUACCCCUUCAGCUGGGCACACACCUACAUCCCUGUUGUCCCUGAGAGCCUUCUGGCCACCGUCUGCUGCCCCACCCCCUUCAUGGUUGGAGUACAAAUGCGCUUCCAGCAGGAGGUCAUGGACAGUCCUAUGGAAGAGGUCCUGUUGGUCAAUCUUUGUGAAGGAACCUUCUUAAUGUCGGUUGGUGAUGAAAAAGACAUCCUGCCACCAAAGCUCCAGGAUGACAUCUUAGACUCUCUUGGUCAGGGGACCAGUGAGUUAAAGACUGCAGAACAAAUCAACGAGCAUGUUUCGGGUCCUUUUGUGCAGUUCUUUGUCAAGACUGUGGGUCAUUAUGCUUCCUAUAUCAAGCGGGAGGCAAAUGGGCAAGGUCACUUCCAAGAGCGAUCCUUCUGUAAGGCUCUGACCUCCAAGACCAAACGCCGGUUUGUGAAGAAGUUUGUGAAGACACAGCUCUUCUCACUUUUCAUCCAGGAAGCCGAGAAGAGCAAGAAUCCUCCUGCAGGCUAUUUCCAACAGAAAAUACUUGAAUAUGAGGAACAGAAAAAGCAGAAGAAACCAAGAGAAAAAACUGUGAAAUAAGAGCUGUGGUGAACAAGAAUGACUAGAGCUACAGGCCAGUUCUGGACUUCAGCCCCUGCCAGUGUGGCAGGAUCAGCAAAGCUCUCAGCCCCCCAAUCCAUAACCUCAAUCUAAGUCUUGACAUCCAGGUAUUGCUUAAAACUGGUGUCUGAGAUUUGGAUCCCUGGUAUCAAUUUCUUGGGACUUUGGAGAGCUCUGACACCAUGCUCACAGAACUGGGCUCAGAGCUGCAUUUUUGGCAGAGGUGACACAGAGUAGGAAACAGUAGUACAGGUAUUGUAUGUACUUGGUUAAAAGCUGCUGCAACUGCCCUCUCCCAUCAUUACAACAUCUUUAACAGAGAACACACUUUGUGGUUGAAAUGCUCAGCCUCUCCACAUAAGUCUGUGGACAUGUAAGGAUGAGUAAAGAAGAAAAUCUUG